AUGAAGACCAUCUUAAAAUCUCAUGGACUGUGGGAUUUGGUGAUAAAGGGAUUUGAUAGUACAGAUAUGAAGAAGUCAGAUGAAUUUGAUACUAAGAAAAAGGAGAAAGAAGUAUCAAGUGGUAGUGGGAAAGACAUGGUUGCUGAGGUACUCAUAAAGGAUGCUAAGGCUCUUGGAUUGAUUCAAGGAGCAGUUUCAGAUGAGAUAUUCCCACGAAUCUCUCAUGAGGAGACAUCAAAAAGUGCUUGGAACAUUCUGCAGCAAGAAUUCCAUGAAGAUAAGCAGAGCUUUGAAUUAAGGCUGGACAGACAUUCUGAAAACAAAACUGAGAAGGCAUUUGCUAGUCUUAGUGUGGAUGCCAAAUCAGUUAAAACUGGUGAUCAAUUUUCUAAGCAAAACAAGAGUUGGAAAUCAAAAGGCAAGAAGUGGGAGAGAAAAACAAAUGACGGUGCUAAAAAUCCUUGCAAGCACUGUGGCAAAUUACACUUUGGAGAGUGCCGAUUCAAAGGAAAACCAAAGUGUUUCAAUUGUGACAAACUUGGUCACAUAGCCAAGGAUUGUUACAGUAAGAAACCAACACAGCAAGUCCACUAUGCCAACCAAGUAGAUGCUACUCCAACUAUGUUUUAUGCUAGCAAUGCAACUAAUGCUAGUAUAAAAGGAGGUGAUGAGGUAUGGUACUUGGACAGCGGAUGUAGCAAUCAUAUGACAGGAAGAGAGGAUCUACUUGUUGACAUUAACAAAAAUGUGACUACAAAAGUUGAAAUGGGAACUGGACAGCUUGUAGAAGUCACUGGUAAGGGCAGUCUUGUGGUUGAAACCAAAAUGGGGAAGAAGUACAUCAAAGAAGUCAUGCUAGUGCCUGGCUUGAAAGAAAACUUACUUAGUGUGGGACAUAUGAUAGAACAUGGUUAUUACUUGGUGUUUGGAGAUCACAAGGUGGAGAUUUACAAUGACAGUUCCUAUUCCAACUUGAUUGCAAGGAUACAAAUGAGAGGCAACCGAAGUUUCCCAAUGAAAUUGCAGGCUGAAAUGCAUCUUGCCUACAAGGCUAAUGUUUGUCACUCUACUGCAAUGUGGCAUAGAAGAUUGGGGUAUCUAAAUAUGAGUAGUCUGAAAUUACUGCAAGAGCAGGAAAUGGUUGUGGGAUUGCCAGAGAUUAUAGCUGUUACAGAAGUUUGUGAAGCUUGUAUUCUACGCAAGCAGUGCAGAGAGUCAUUUCCAAAGGAAGCCUCUACUAGAGCAUCAACCUCUCUAGAGCUUGUACACAGUGAUAUCUGUGGUCCAAUGCAAACAACUACAAAAGCUGGAAAUCGAUAUUUUCUCACUUUCAUAGAUGACAGCACAAGAAUGUGUUGGGUUUAUUUCCUAAGACAAAAGUCUGAAACACUGAGUGUGUUCAGGAGAUUCAAAGCUACUGUGGAGUUGCAAAGUGACUAUAAAUUAAAGAAGCUUAGAAGUGAUCGAGGAGGAGAAUACAACUUAGUGGAAUUUGACAGGUUCUGUGCAGAUAUAGGCAUAGAAAGGCCGCUAACAACUCCAUAUACACCACAACAAAAUGGUGUAGCAGAGAGGAAAAACAGAACUAUUGUAGAAAUGGCAAAGUGUUUGUUGCUAGAGAAGAAGAUUCCUCUUGAACUUUGGGCUGAAACAGUUAAUACAUCAGUUUACAUCUUGAACAGGUGUCUAACCAAAGCUUUGAAUAAGAAAACACCAUUUGAAGCUUAUAGUGGAAGGAAGCCUGGAGUUAAGCAUAUGAAAGUGUUUGGAUCAUUGUGCUAUGCUCAUGUUCUAAGUCAACAAAGGCAGAAGCUGGAUUUGACAAGCAAGAGGUGCAUUUUCUUAGGCUAUAGAAGCUGUGAAAAGGGGUACAGACUUUAUAGUCUUGAAACUGGAAAGAUAAUUGUGUCUAGAGAUGUUGUGUUCAAUGAAAAUGCAAGCUGGGAUUGGGAUACACAGAAGGAAAGAAGUGUGAUGAUUCCAAUUGCUGAACCAACUUCAAGUAAGCAAGGCCAAGAAGGAAGCAGGAUUAACUCUGAAGUACAAGGUGAAGAAGGUGAAACAUUUGACACUAGUGUUGAAUCUAGUGAUCAAGAAAGAAUGCCAAGCUCCCAAGACUUUGAUCACACACCUCGCAAGUACAAGAGUAUUACAGAAAUCUAUGAGAAAUGCAAUAUGUGCAUUAUAGAACCAGAGAGUUUUGAAGAGGCAGCAAAGGAUGAGUCCUGGAAGAAAGCUAUGGAAGAUGAAAUUCUGAUGAUAAACAAAAAUAACACUUGGGAACUUGUGAAUAGACCAUUUGACAAACCAAUUAUUGGUGUUAAAUAG